CCAACAUGGCGCACGCUGGCGGCGGCGGCGGCCCGGGGGGCCGGGGGCUGAGUGGCGCCCGCUGGGGUCGCUCGGGCUCCGCGGGCCACGAGAAGCUGCCGGUGCACGUGGAAGACGCCCUCACCUACCUGGACCAGGUGAAAAUCCGCUUCGGCAGCGACCCUGCCACUUACAACGGCUUCCUGGAGAUUAUGAAGGAGUUCAAAAGCCAGAGCAUCGAUACUCCUGGAGUCAUCCGACGAGUCUCACAGCUCUUCCAUGAACACCCUGACCUCAUUGUUGGAUUCAACGCUUUCCUUCCCCUUGGGUACAGAAUCGACAUUCCCAAGAAUGGCAAGUUAAACAUACAGUCACCUCUGUCCAGCCAGGAGAAUUCGCACAACCACAGUGACUGUGCUGAAAACUUUAAACAACAGCUGCUGUACAAGGAGGACAAACCCCAGGUACCCUUGGAGUCAGAUUCUGUGGAGUUCAACAACGCCAUUAGCUAUGUGAACAAGAUUAAGACCCGCUUUCUGGACCACCCUGAGAUCUACAGGUCAUUCCUAGAGAUACUGCAUACUUACCAGAAAGAGCAGCUGAGCACGAAGGGCCGACCCUUCCGAGGCAUGUCUGAAGAGGAGGUGUUCACCGAGGUGGCAAACCUUUUUCGGGGCCAGGAGGACCUGCUCUCAGAGUUUGGACAGUUCCUGCCCGAAGCCAAGCGGUCCCUCUUCACAGGAAAUGGACCCUGUGAAAUGAACAGUGUCCAGAAGAGUGAGCACGAGAAGAACCUGGAACACAGCAAAAAGCGCUCCCGGCCCUCACUCCUCCGUCCUGUGUCAGCACCUGCCAAGAAAAAAAUGAAACUGCGUGGUACCAAAGACCUGUCUAUCGCUGCCGUGGGGAAGUAUGGGACUCUGCAAGAGUUCUCAUUCUUUGACAAGGUGCGCAGGGUCCUGAAGAGCCAGGAGGUCUAUGAGAACUUUCUUCGCUGCAUCGCACUCUUCAACCAGGAGCUCGUGUCUGGCUCUGAGCUCCUCCAGCUCGUCAGCCCGUUUUUAGGGAAAUUUCCAGAACUCUUUGCACAAUUCAAGUCCUUCCUGGGGGUGAAAGAGCUGUCAUUUGCUCCACCCAUGAGCGACAGAUCUGGGGAUGGAAUAAGCCGGGAAAUCGACUACUCAUCUUGCAAGCGCAUCGGAUCCAGCUACCGGGCGCUCCCCAAAACUUACCAGCAGCCCAAGUGCAGUGGGAGGACGGCCAUCUGCAAAGAGGUGCUGAAUGACACCUGGGUCUCCUUCCCUUCCUGGUCCGAGGACUCUACCUUCGUCAGCUCCAAGAAGACGCCCUAUGAGGAGCAGCUGCACCGCUGUGAGGACGAGCGUUUUGAGUUAGACGUUGUCCUGGAGACCAACCUGGCCACGAUUCGAGUGUUGGAAAGCGUGCAGAAGAAACUCUCCCGGAUGGCACCAGAAGACCAGGAUAAGUUCCGGCUGGACGACUGUCUUGGGGGCACGUCAGAAGUGAUCCAACGCCGUGCCAUCCAUCGCAUCUAUGGUGACAAGGCUCCUGAGAUCAUCGAGAGCCUCAAGAAAAACCCUGUCACCGCUGUCCCUGUCGUCCUCAAAAGGCUGAAGGCCAAGGAGGAGGAGUGGCGGGAGGCCCAGCAGGGCUUCAACAAGAUUUGGCGGGAGCAGUAUGAGAAGGCAUACCUCAAGUCUCUGGACCACCAGGCCGUGAACUUCAAGCAGAAUGACACCAAGGCCCUUCGCUCCAAGAGCUUGCUCAAUGAGAUUGAGAGUGUCUAUGAUGAGCACCAGGAGCAGCACUCAGAGGGCCGCAGCGCCCCCACCAGUGAGCCACACCUUAUCUUCGUGUAUGAGGACAAGCAGAUCCUGGAAGAUGCGGCCGCACUCAUCAGCUACUACGUGAAACGGCAGCCAGCCAUCCAGAAGGAGGACCAGGGCACCAUCCACCAGCUGGUGCACCAGUUUGUGCCCAGUCUCUUCUUCUCCCAGCAAUUGGACCUAGGGGCAUCUGAGGACUCUGCUGAUGAGAGCCGGGGGAGCCCCCAGGGGCAGAGUGUGGACCCUGGUGACCGGAAGAAGCCAGCACCUGGGCCACAGAGCAGCCCCCCAGUAGAGAAGGGGGCCUCCGGCGAGGGUUCCGCUCCUGAGCAACAGCUGCCAUCACCACUGCUGCCACCGCCACCGCCACCCCCACCACCACACAAGCCCAUGGAUGAUGUCUACAGCCUCUUCUUUGCCAACAACAACUGGUACUUUUUCCUGCGUCUCCACCAGACCCUGUGCUCCCGGCUCCUGAAGAUCUACCGCCAGGCUCAGAAGCAGCUCCUGGAGUAUCGGACCGAGAAGGAGAGGGAGAAGCUGCUCUGCGAGGGCCGUCGGGAAAAGGGCAAUGACCCCGCCAUGGAGCUGCGGCUGAAGCAGCCUAGUGAGGUGGAGCUGGAGGAGUACUACCCGGCCUUCCUGGAUAUGGUGCGCAGCCUGCUGGAUGGCAGCAUCGACCCCACGCAGUAUGAGGACACUCUGCGUGAGAUGUUCACCAUCCAUGCCUAUGUUGGCUUCACCAUGGACAAGCUGGUGCAGAGCAUCGCACGCCAGCUGCACCACCUCGUGAGUGAUGACAUCUGUCUGAAGGUGGUGGAGCUUUACCUGAACGAGAAGAAGCGGGGCGCCGCCGGUGGGAACCUGUCCUCCCGCUGUGUCCGAGCCGCCAGGGAGACCAGCUACCAGUGGAAGGCUGAGCGGUGCAUGGCUGACGAGAACUGCUUCAAGGUGAUGUUCCUUCAGCGCAAAGGGCAGGUGAUUAUGACCAUUGAGCUUCUGGACACCGAGGAAGCCCAGUCUGAGGACCCUGUGGAGGUCCAGCACCUGGCUCGGUACGUGGAGCAGUAUGUGGGGCCUGAGGGUACGUCCAGCUCACCCACUGAGGGCUUCCUCCUGAAGCCCGUGUUCCUGCAGAGGAACCUCAAGAAAUUCCGCAGGUGGCAAUGUGAGCAGGUGCGGGCCCUGCGUGGUGAGGCCAAGAGCUCCUGGAAGCGGCUGGUGGGAGUGGAGAGCGCCUGCAACGUGGACUGCCGCUUCAAGCUCAGCUCCCACAAGAUGAUGUUCAUUGUGAACUCCGAGGACUACAUGUACCGCCGGGGGACUCUCUGCCGGGCCAAGCAGGUACAGCCCCUGGUCCUGCUGCGGCACCACCAGCACUUUGAGGAGUGGCAUGGCCGCUGGUUGGAGGACAACGUGACCGUGGAGGCAGCCAGCCUGGUGCAAGACUGGCUGAUGGGUGAAGAGGAUGAGGACAUGGUGCCCUGCAAGACACUCUGUGAGACGGCCCAUGUGCACGGCCUGCCUGUGACCCGCUACCGCGUGCAGUACAGCCGCCGCCCUGCCUCCCCCUGAUGCACCUGAGCAGCCAUCACAGCGCAGUUUGGUGUGGUUGCUUCCUCGGCCUAGGUGGCAGUCAAGGGCCUUUUCAUGAACACCUGAGGGAAGGAGCACUUCCCCUAGCCUUGCUGCUACAGGCUGCCCGCUCCAGAGAGGAUUGUGUCAGAUUGCGGCCCCACGCUGCCAUCACUCUCAGCUCCCCGGCUUCCUUUGAGCCACUCCUGUGCCAAACCUGAACCCCCUGCACUUGAACUCGGGGCUCAGUCCCCAACAGAAAAGAGAGGAUCCUCACACUGCCUGAGGAACAGCAGUUAUGUUCACACACCUGCCAGGCACUUCUUACAUCACGUGCCAAAUCUCUGGGUGGGGCCGCACUGGUCACUUUGUGCACAGGGCAUCUGGAGGAGGCAGUGACAAGCCGUGUGAGGGCACACGUUUGGGAGGGGUCAGCAUUCCAGAGCCCCCAGCAUAAGCGUUGGGCCAGGGACUUGCUUGAAAAGUAUGUCCUUCCCGAGUGGUUUUAAGUGUUUCCAGCAACAUUUCUCAAGCUGGGCAGCACCUGUAUCUGACAGUGUGGACAUCCACUUGACCCGGUUGGUACUUGGAUCCUUGUCAUUUUAUAAGUAGUAAGAGCCCUUUCAGCCAAACUGUUAGGUGUGGAUGGGCAGGGGGCACCAGAAUGGCCUGGAAGGCCCCACUCUGGAAAAAUACGCCAAACCCUGUGUUGAUCCAGCAGCCGGACUCUGGGUCUGUGAGGGACAGGGCUCAGCCCGGCACUCCCUCAAAGUUGGAGUGGCCCAUGUUGGGAGGGCCCUGUGGCAGGAUUGUAUACCUAAGAUGGAUAUUCUAGAAAUACAUAGAUGCACACACAUAUUUAUUCCUUUACACUCUCAGUGGUGGUUAUCUUUUUCAACAACUAAGUCCCAUGGUUUCUUGGGGAGUGAGAGCCCUCUUCCUACCCACCUGGACACCACUGUUCCUGCGGUUGCCCCCUGGGGAGGGCAUGUGUGUGAGGGGCUGAGGCGACUGUUCCACAGAGGCAUCCAAGGCUUUCUGCUAGAAACGCCAAGCAAUUCAGGCUGGGGACCAGCUCUUUAAACUUACUGCACCGCAAGAAGCCCUGGCUGGGCCCCUCGCAACAUCAUGCUGAGAGUGGGGUCCGCUGACAGGUGGGCCUGAAACAAGCCUGGUGCAGCCUCUGCCAUCCACAGCCCUCGCCCUCCUGCAGCUGAGCUGUGCCAAACACCCGUGGAGACUUGUUUAUAGAAGUUACCUGUGGAACUCAAGGUUUGCGGAGCCUUUAACUCUCGGGCCGAGGCCAUCACCUUCCCCUGUUUUCUCAAGUGUAACCCAGGCACUUUGAAUCCUUGUUUUGUAAGAAGGGAACUUAUCAGAGUUCCUGAACCAGCCCCUUCAGGCAGCCCUCUGUGCCUCAGUGGGGGCCUGGGGUGUUUGCCAAACCCCUGAACCCCUACCCUGCAUGCUUCUAAGGAGCUCUUUUAUUUUUGAAGAAUUUCUCUUCUGGGGCUUGGACUUCCUUUGCAGCUGUUUUGAAUGUAGUUUCCUUUUCUAUUUAU